AUGCGUUUCACUGUUUUCUCCGCCGCUAUAUUGGCCCUCGCGCAACAUGCCUGCGCCUUGCCGGUCGAGACCGAGCAAGCAUCGGGUUUGGACGUUACCUUGAGCCAAGUCAGCGAUACUCGCAUCAAAGCAGUCGUGAAGAACACUGGCAACGAAGACGUUACCUUUGUGCACCUCAACUUCUUCCGCGACAGUGCCCCAGUGAAGAAGGUUGCAGUCUAUAAAGAUGACGACGAGGUCACUUUCGAAGGUAUCAAGCGUAGAUUCAAGCUUCAGGGUCUGACCUCCGAAGCUCUCACGACACUGGCUGCGGGAGAGACUCUGGAGGACGAGUUCGACAUUGCGGCAACCAGCGAUCUGUCGCACGGCGGCCUAGUAGUGUUGCGUUCUAGCGGCCUGGUGCCUUUGGUAAACGAGGGAGCCGUCUCCGGCUACCUGCCGUACCACUCGAACGACCUCGAGAUUGAAGUCGAUGCAGUGAAGGCCGCCCGUGUGAACAAAGCUGUCAAGUCGCUUAACCGUCGCACUCAGGAGAGCUGCAGCAACACGAGCCGCAAGUCGGCUCUCGAAAAGGCCCUUCGCAACGCUGCCUCCCUGGCAACGGCAGCAGCUCAGGCAGCCCAAUCUGGAUCCGCAUCCAAGUUUUCCGAAUAUUUCAAGACCACCGAUAGUUCGACCCGUCAGCUUGUGGCGGCUCGGCUAAAUGCUGUCGCCAAGGAGGCUCAGUCAACCACCUCGGGGGGCACCAAAUACUAUUGCACUGAUGUGCUGGGGUACUGUGAGACCAACGUGCUGGCCUACACGCUGCCCUCUCAGAAUGUCAUUGCCAACUGUGACAUUUACUAUUCCGAGCUGCCGGCCUUGGCGAGCAGCUGUCACAGCCAGGACCAGGCGACCACCAGCCUGCACGAGUUCACUCAUGCUCCGGCCGUUUACAGCCCCGGCACUGAUGAUCUGGGUUACGGAUACGCCGCGGCGACAGCCCUCAGCACCAGUGACGCCCUCAACAAUGCAGAUACUUAUGCCUUGUAUGCCAACGCGAUCAACCUGGGCUGCUAA